AUGGCUUGCAGUGUGCUAUCUAGCCAGGUCGCGGUUUCCGGCCUGGCUGCGCCCUGCGCGUCUCCUGUUGAUUCCAAGGAUGCUGUGUCAUGCCCGUCCGUGUCCUUCAGAAAUUCCGCCUUCUGCCAAGGAUCGAUCUCCAGAGCUGCCUUCCGCGCUACCAGCGCCAAGGUUUCUGUCCGCGCCGUCUCUGCUUCUGCACGCAGUGUCGUGGUUGCUAACCUGACAGGCGAGAAUCCCGACUGGAACGAUGACGACUUCGUCACCGUCGGCCUCGCGCACUGCUUCGUGAAGGACGAGAACGCGAAGCUCCAGGACAUGUUUGUCAUCGAAGCCAUUCCGGCAGGCGCGCUGGAGUGCAUGGAUAACGGCGGUGUCACAUGCUACACACACGUGACCGGCACGACCCUCGGGGUUGUGCUGAAGCAGGAUGCGUCUCUGCUGCCGGCCGAAUUCAGCAACGGCGUCUUUGCUGAGGACUUCGACUUCCGGACGAAGUGCGCAUCGAGGACUUGGAAGAGGCAACACCCACAGGAGCAUCUGCUGAAUCUGGUGCCGCUAGGCACGGUGAGGUCGGACUUCAACUUCUCAGUGGAGGACAAGCGUGUGCUCAACAUGGAGAACGUGGUGGACGACUCGGACAACAUCAAGCAGGACCUCAGCAUUGACGUCUAUGGCCGUGCCAAGGAGGAGAACGAGGAGAAGGAGAUUGAGAAGCUGUACAAUGUCUAG